GGUCGAACUAUUCCUGGAGCAACCAAAGGGGCAAAAAUGAUGAGAUUGUAUAUAGACAGUGCAGCCCCAGAGAAACUAAAAGGACUGUGUGUAUUUUUUGUUCGUUGUCGUAAUGAUGUUGCUGUAAAUGCUAAAAGUAUUCAUGAGGUAUGUUUAAAUUUUUCUUCCAAAUGUAUAGUUAGAUAUUGAAUGUAUUUUCGUAGUCACACUUUUGCUUUACUUUGCUUUCACUUUUUAAAUAUAGGACUGAAUUGAGUUACAAGAAAGUAAUAUAUUCAUAUAUUCAAAGAAACUGUUAAUAUUGUUUUUUCCUUUGUAGGUGCUAGAAUAAGUAUUGAAGGAACAGUAAAGUUAAAGACAAUAGAUAAUGUUGAUUUUUCCAAACUGCAUACCUUUGAAGAGGUGACUGCUGCAGCCGGCAAUUCAGAAACUGUUCAUCAGUUAGAGGAAGUGCUGAUGAUAUGGUACAAACAGAUCGAACAGCUGCUUAUUGAGAGUGAGCAGAUGAGAAAAGAAGCUGAUGAUUCAGGUCCACUCACCGAAUUGGAACACUGGAAACGCAUGUCAGCCAAGUUCAACUAUAUCAUUGAACAGAUUAAAGGGCCAAAUUGUAAGGCUGUCAUAAAUGUGCUAAAUGUUGCACACUCCAAAUUGUUAAAGAAUUGGCGUGAUUUGGAUGCAAGAAUCACUGAUACAGCAAAUGAAUCGAAAGAUAAUGUUAGAUAUCUGUACACUCUGGAAAAAGUAUGUCAACCUCUGUAUAACUAUGACCUAGUUUCCAUGGCACAUGGGAUACAAAAUCUGAUUAAUGCCAUCAGAAUGAUUCAUGGUGUGUCAAGGUAUUAUAAUACCUCAGAGAGAAUGACCUCAUUGUUCAUCAAGGUAACAAACCAAAUGGUGACAGCAUGUAAAGCAUAUAUUACUGAUGGAGGAGUAAACCAUGUAUGGGACCAGGAUACGCCAGUUGUACUAAAGAAAAUUCAGGAUUGCAUUUUUCUAUUCAAGGAAUAUCAGACGUCUUUUCACAAAACAAAGAAACAGAUUCUGGAAUCCUCAGGGGAGAAAUCUUUUGAGGUUUCAGAAAUGUAUAUAUUUGGAAAAUUUGAAGCUUUCUGUAAAAGACUGGAGAAGAUUACAGAAAUGAUAACUGUUGUGCAAACAUAUUCAGCCUUGAGCAAUUCUACCAUAGAAGGAAUAGAUAUUAUGGCAAUAAAAUUCAAAAAUAUUUAUCAAGGGGUUAAGAAAAACCAAUAUGACAUUCUGGAUCCAAGAAGGACAGAAUUUGACAAAGAUUUCUUAGAUUUCAUGGCAAAAAUCAAUGGUUUAGAGGUACAAAUACAGGCAUUUAUGAGUGGUACUUUUGGAAAAAUCUUGUCUUCUCAGCAGGCUCUUCAGCUGCUUCAAAGAUUUCAGAAGCUGAACAUUCCCUGUCUUCAGUCAGAAAUAAACCACACAAUUGAGCGUAUUCUUCAGUAUUAUGUGGCUGAACUUGACGCUACGAAGAAGCUUUAUCAUUCUCAAAAAGAUGACCCACCUCUUGCUCGCAACAUGCCCCCUAUAGCAGGAAAAAUACUUUGGGUGAGGCAGCUCUAUCGCCGGAUAAGCGAGCCCAUCAACUAUUUCUUUAAAAACUCAGACAUUUUGUCCAGUUUGGAAGGUAAAGCUGUCAUCCGUCAGUAUAACAGGAUCUCCUAUGUGCUGGUGGAAUUCGAGGUGAUCUAUCACACAGCCUGGGUCAAGGAGAUCACGCAGUUACAUUAUGGUGUGUAUAAGACUGGUCUUCUGCAGUAUUACGAUGAGUUAUGUCAGGAAGUGCCUUCUGUGUUUGUCAAUCUGAUGACCCCUAAAAUGAAAAAGGUGGAAUGCGUGCUGAGGCAAGGGCUCACGAUAUUGACGUGGUCAUCCUUAACACUGGAAAGCUUCUUUCAAGAAGUUGAAUCGGUUUUGGAUAUGUUCAGUCAACUUUUAAAGAAGAUCAAUGACUUGUGUGAAAUGCAUAUUGAUACGGUUCUAAAGGAGAUAGCCAAAACUGUGUUAAUUUCCCUGCCUGAAACUGGUGCUACCAAGGUAGAAGAUAUGCUGACCCUCAAUGAGACAUACACAAAAGAAUGGGCUGAUGUUCUAAACCACAAAAGUAAGCAUGUGGAAGAAGCUGUCAAAGAACUUAUAUUAAUAUUUGAAAAAAUUUAUGAAGUUAAGUACACGGGGAAAACAGGUAAUUUCACUUAACAGCGGAAACAUGUUGUUUUUGGAAGUGAAACAGAAGAGGGUGAAAGCACUGACUAUGAGGCUAAUAUUGUGAAUGAGGUCGAUACUAAUGAUAAAGAAGAUGAGUUUAGAAAGGAAUGUAAAGAGGUCUAUGCUUUUUUCUCUCAUCAAUUACUAGACAGUCUUCAAAAAGCUACACGGUUAUCUUUGGACACAAUGAAAAGAAGAGUAUUUGUUGCAAGCCUUCAUGGACGAAAGCGGUCAGAAGAUAUUAUUUCCUUUAUAAAAACUGAAGUACAUCUUGCAAUUCCUAAUGUGGUAAUGGUUCCUAGUUUGGAUGAUAUUCAACAAGCCAUUAACCGUAUGAUCCAAUUAACCCUGGAGGUCAGCAGAGGGGUGGCUCACUGGGGACAACAGCAGACCCGUCACAUUAAGCCUGUCAUUGCUAGUCCCACCACGACUGACCUGCCCCAUCAAAGCACAGGAAAACAACUGAAGAAGGAAGAGAAAUCUUUUGAAGAAAUUAUUCCUGCGAGGAAGCUGAAGAAUUUCUACCCGGGUGUAGCAGAGCACAAGGACAUUUCCAAACUGGUCCUCCUCCUUUCUUCCUCUGUGAAUUCUCUGAGAAAGGUGGCUCAGGAGGCCCUGCAAGACUUUCAAAAGUAUAAGACUCUCUGGACAGAGGACCGGGAUGUGAAAGUGAAGGAGUUUUUGGCUAACAACCCCUCUCUGACAGAAAUCAGAUCAGAAAUUCUACACUAUGCUACUUUUGAACAGGAAAUUGAAGAUUUGAAGCCAAUUAUUAUUGUAGGAGCACUUGAAUUACAUACAGAGCCAAUGAAAUUGGCCUUAUCAAUUGAGGCUAAAGCAUGGAAGAUGUUACUCUGUCGAUAUUUGAAUGAAGAAUAUAAGAAGAAAAUGUCAGACAUGAUUACAUUUAUUAAUGAAUACUUGAAAAAGUUGUCUAGACCUAUUCGUGAUUUAGAUGAUGUCAGAUUUGCAAUGGAAGCCUUGUCUUGUAUCCGUGAUAAUGAAAUCCAGAUGGAUAUGACUUUGGGGCCAAUUGAAGAAGCCUAUGCUAUUUUAAAUAGAUUUGAAGUUGAAGUAACCAAAGAAGAAUCAGAAGGAGUUGAUACCCUGAGAUAUUCUUUCAACAAAUUGCAGAGCAAAGCUGUUUCUGUACAAGAUGAACUAGUUCAAGUGCAGCCAAAGUUUAAAAGUAGCCUACUCGAGUCUGUGGAAGUGUUUCGCGAGGACGUGGUAAACUUUGCGGAAGCAUAUGAGUUGGAAGGACCCAUGGUUCCAAAUAUACCACCCCAAGAAGCUAGCAAUAGGCUACAGAUAUUUCAGGCUAAUUUUGAUGAUCUGUGGAGGAAGUUUGUUACAUAUUCAUCUGGUGAACAACUAUUUGGAUUGCCAGCGACUGACUAUGAGGUUUUACACAAAACCAGAAAGGAACUCAACUUGUUGCAGAAGCUGUAUGGACUGUAUGAUACUGUAAUGAGCAGUAUUAGUGGUUAUUAUGAAAUACUUUGGGGAGAUGUAGAUAUUGAAAAAAUUAAUGCAGAACUGCAGGAAUUUCAAAACAGGUGUCGUAAACUGCCAAAAGGACUUAAAGACUGGCAAGCUUACUUGGAUCUCAAAAAAAGGAUUGAUGAUUUCAGCGAGUCAUGUCCUCUGCUGGAAAUGAUGACCAAUAAGGCGAUGAAGCAGAGGCACUGGGAUCGAAUCUCUGAGUUAACUGGAACCCCAUUUGACGUGGAAUCUGAUUCUUUUUGUCUUAGAAAUAUUAUGGAAGCACCGCUUCUUAAAAAUAAGGAUGACAUUGAGGACAUUUGCAUAUCUGCCAGUAAGGAGAAGGAUAUUGAAGCCAAGCUGACUCAGGUGAUUGAGAAUUGGACCAACCAAAACUUGAGUUUUGCAACAUUUAAGGGAAAGGGAGAGCUCCUGCUCAAAGGAACUGAAUCAGGAGAAAUUAUCACUUUGAUGGAGGAUAGCUUGAUGGUCUUAGGGUCCUUGCUAAGCAACAGGUAUAAUGCUCCAUUUAAAAAAAAUAUACAGAAUUGGGUGUAUAAGUUGUCCACAUCCUCAGAUAUAAUUGAAGAGUGGCUAAUAGUGCAGAAUCUUUGGGUUUAUCUUGAAGCUGUCUUUGUGGGUGGAGAUAUUGCCAAGCAGCUGCCUCAGGAAGCAAAACGUUUUCAGAACAUUGACAAGUCGUGGAUAAAAAUAAUGCAGCGGGCUCACGAGAACCCCAAUGUGAUUAACUGCUGUGUUGGAGAUGAGACCAUGAGCCAACUUCUACCUCAUUUACAUGAACAGCUGGAAGUAUGUCAGAAGUCACUUACCGGGUAUUUGGAGAAGAAGCGAUUAUUAUUUCCAAGAUUUUUCUUUGUAUCUGAUCCAGUUCUCCUGGAAAUUCUUGGACAAGCCAGUGACUCCCACACCAUACAGCCGCAUCUGCCUGCAGUAUCUGACAACAUCAAUGAGGUGACAUUUCAUGCAAAAGACUAUGAUCGGAUCCUGGCUGUCAUAUCAAGAGAAGGAGAAAAAAUUGUUUUGGAUAGUUCUGUUAUGGCCAAAGGUCCUGUAGAGAUUUGGCUUCUGGAAUUGCUAAAAAUGCAGAUGUCAUCGUUACAUAAUAUAAUUAGAUCUGCAUUCUAUCAGAUCAGUGAUUCAGGAUUUCAACUCUUACCUUUCCUCAACCACUUUCCAGCACAGGUUGGGCUUCUGGGAAUUCAGAUGUUGUGGACACAUGAUUCAGAAGAAGCUUUGAAUAAUGCAAAAGAUGACAGGAAAAUCAUGCAAGUGACCAAUCAGAAGUUUUUGGAUAUUCUAAAUACUCUUAUUAGUCAGACAACACAUGAUCUAAGCAAGUUUGAUAGAGUGAAGUUUGAAACUCUAAUUACCAUCCAUGUGCAUCAGAGAGAUAUUUUUGAUGACUUGGUAAAAAUGCAUAUCAAAUCAGUUACCGAUUUCGAAUGGCUGAAACAAAGUAGAUUUUAUUUUAAGGAAGAUUUGGAUCAAACUGUGGUGUCUAUUACAGAUGUUGAUUUUGUGUACCAAAAUGAAUUUCUGGGAUGCACUGAUCGUCUUGUUAUCACUCCAUUAACAGAUAGAUGCUAUAUCACCUUAGCGCAGGCGUUGGGAAUGAACAUGGGAGGUGCUCCAGCAGGACCUGCAGGCACUGGCAAAACAGAAACCACAAAAGACAUGGGAAGGUGUUUGGGAAAAUAUGUGGUCGUGUUCAACUGCUCAGAUCAAAUGGAUUUCAGAGGCCUAGGCAGGAUUUUCAAAGGUCUUGCACAGUCGGGUUCCUGGGGCUGUUUUGAUGAAUUUAACAGAAUUGAAUUGCCUGUACUGUCAGUGGCGGCCCAACAAAUUUAUAUUGUUUUGACAGCAAGAAAAGAGAGAAAAAAACAGUUCAUUUUUUCUGAUGGUGAUUGUGUUGAUUUAAAUCCAGAAUUUGGAAUCUUCUUAACAAUGAACCCUGGAUAUGCUGGGCGCCAGGAACUACCAGAAAACUUAAAAAUCCUGUUUAGAACGGUUGCUAUGAUGGUUCCUGAUAGACAGAUCAUUAUGAGAGUUAAACUUGCAAGCUGUGGUUUUCUUGAAAAUGUUAUCUUGGCUCAAAAAUUUUACGUUCUUUACAAACUCUGUGAACAACUUACUAAACAGGUUCAUUAUGACUUUGGGUUGAGAAAUAUUCUGUCUGUAUUGAGGACUCUUGGAUCUCAAAAAAGAGCCAGACCCGAAGAUAGUGAAUUAAGCACUGUCAUGAGAGGACUAAGAGAUAUGAACCUUUCUAAAUUGGUUGAUGAAGACGAACCCCUAUUCCUCAGCUUGAUCAAUGACCUGUUUCCAGGGCUGCAACUGGAUAGUAGUACUUACGUGGAACUGCAAGCUGCAGUAGCCAACCAGGUUCAGAUAGAAGGUUUGAUUAACCAUCCACCCUGGAACCUCAAACUUGUGCAGUUAUAUGAGACAUCUCUGGUGAGGCACGGCUUGAUGACUCUUGGGCCCAGCGGUUCUGGGAAGACCACCGUUAUAACCAUUCUGAUGAAGGCACAAACAGAAUGUGGACGGCCCCACAGAGAGAUGCGAAUGAAUCCAAAAGCCAUCACUGCGCCUCAGAUGUUUGGCAAACUGGACACUGCUACUAAUGACUGGACAGAUGGGAUUUUUUCCACUCUGUGGCGGAAAACAUUAAAAGCUAAAAAAGGGGAAAACAUUUUCCUCAUUUUAGAUGGCCCCGUGGAUGCCAUUUGGAUCGAGAACUUAAAUUCCGUGUUGGACGACAAUAAAACUCUCACGUUAGCAAAUGGAGAUCGCAUUCCCAUGGCCCCCAGCUGUAAGCUUCUGUUUGAAGUCCACAAUAUUGAGAAUGCCUCUCCUGCCACGGUUUCUAGGAUGGGCAUGGUCUACAUCAGCAGCUCUGCUCUCAGCUGGAGGCCAAUACUGCAGGCCUGGUUGAAGAAACGCACUGCACAGGAAGCUCCUGUAUUCCUGAGUCUGUAUGAUAAAAUAUUUGAAGAUGCAUAUACAUUUAUGAAACUAAACCUCAAUCCCAAAAUGCAGCUCUUAGAGUGCAACUAUAUUAUGCAAUACUUUGAUUCUCAGUGUGAUUGGGAGCACUGGAAUAAGAAACUUCAGCCAUAUUAUUAUCCAACUGACAGUGUUCCGGAAUACUCAUCGAUUUUGGUUCCAAAUGUUGACAAUAUUAGAACAAAUUUUUUGAUAGACACUAUUGCAAAACAAUAUAAAGCUGUUUUGCUCAUAGGAGAGCAGGGAACUGCAAAAACUGUGAUGGUUAAAGCCUAUGUGAAAAAAUAUGAUCCUGAAGUACAAUUAUCCAAAAGUCUAAACUUUUCAUCUGCCACAGAACCAAUGAUGUUUCAGGUAAAAUCCAUCAUUUGCUUUUUAUCAAUAACUAAUGAGAUUGUGCGACAGAUGAUGGAGAUGGAAGGCAUGUACAGCUUGGACAAGCCUGGAGACUUCACUACCAUUGUCGAUGUGCAGAUCAUAGCCGCAAUGAUCCACCCUGGAGGUGGUCGGAAUGAUAUUCCACAACGUUUAAAAAGACAGUUUACCGUGUUUAAUUGUACCUUGCCUUCAAAUGCUUCAAUUGACAAAAUUUUUGGUAUGAAUAUCAUUAAUGUGAAGAUGCUGCCAACUCCUUCUAAAUUUCAUUACAUCUUCAAUCUUCGAGAUCUUUCCAGAAUUUGGCAAGGAAUGUUGACGGUGAAAGCUGAGGAGUGUGAUUCAAUUCCUAUUCUCCUGUCACUUUUCAAACACGAGUGCAACAGAGUAAUUGCAGACAGGUUUAUAACUCCCGAAGAUGAGCAGUGGUUUAAUGUACAUCUUAUCCGUGCAAUCGAAGAAAACAUUGGCUCCGAGGCAGCCUCAUGUAUCCUUCCUGAGCCGUACUUUGUGGAUUUUCUCCGUGAGAUGCCGGAGCCAACUGGCGAUGAACCUGAAGAUACCAUGUUCGAAGUACCCAAAAUCUAUGAAUUGGUACCCUCCUUUGACUUUCUGUCUGAGAAACUCCAGUUUUACCAGAGACAGUUCAAUGAAAUCAUCAGGGGGACAUCUCUAGAUAUGGUGUUUUUUAAAGACGCAAUGACUCAUCUGAUCAAGAUUUCACGAAUAAUUCGAACGUCAUGUGGAAAUGCCUUGUUGGUGGGUGUUGGUGGCUCGGGAAAACAAAGUCUCUCAAGGUUGGCCUCUUUUAUAGCUGGAUAUCAAAUAUUCCAGAUAACAUUAACCAGGUCUUACAAUGUGAAUAAUCUAACAGAUGACUUAAAAGCUUUGUACAAAGUUGCUGGUGCUGAAGGAAAAGGCAUCACCUUCAUCUUUACCGACAAUGAAAUCAAAGAUGAGGCAUUUCUAGAAUACCUUAACAACUUGCUAUCUUCAGGGGAGAUAUCCAAUUUGUUUGCACGAGAUGAGAUGGAUGAAAUCACCCAAGGUCUGAUAUCGGUGAUGAAAAGGGAGCUGCCUCGCCAUCCUCCUACCUUUGAUAAUCUGUAUGAGUACUUCAUUUCCAGAUCGAAGAAGAACUUGCAUGUUGUUCUCUGCUUUUCUCCAGUUGGUGAGAAGUUUCGUGCCCGUUCUUUGAAGUUUCCCGGCUUGAUCUCGGGUUGCACUAUGGACUGGUUCAGUCGCUGGCCGAAGGAGGCUCUGAUUGCUGUAGCCUCCUAUUUCCUUUCAGGCUAUAAUAUUGUCUGUUCUAGUGAAAUUAAAAGACAAGUUGUAGAAACGAUGGGACUCUUUCAUGACAUGGUUUCAGAGAGCUGUGAAAAUUACUUCCAAAGAUACCGCCGAAGAGCACAUGUGACUCCCAAAUCUUAUCUCUCAUUUAUAAAUGGUUAUAAAAACAUUUAUACUGAAAAGGUGAAAUAUAUUAACGAACAAGCUGAACGUAUGAAUAUUGGUCUUGAUAAGCUCAUGGAGGCAAGUGAAUCCGUCGCUAAACUCUCUCAAGAUCUUGCAGUAAAGGAGAAGGAAUUGGCAGUGGCUUCUGUAAAAGCAGAUGAAGUCUUAGCAGAAGUCACAGUAAGCGCUCAGGCUUCAGCCAAAAUUAAAAAUGAAGUACAGGAGGUAAAAGACAAGGCCCAAAAAAUUGUGGAUGAAAUUGAUACUGAAAAAGUCAAAGCUGAAACCAAACUCGAGGCCGCUAAACCUGCACUGGAAGAAGCGGAAGCAGCCCUGAACACCAUCAAACCAAAUGAUAUUGCUACAGUCAGGAAGCUUGCAAAACCACCGCAUCUCAUUAUGAGAAUCAUGGAUUGUGUUCUGUUACUAUUUCAAAAGAAAAUUGACCCUGUUACUAUGGAUCCAGAGAAACCUUGCUGCAAGCCAUCGUGGGGAGAGUCAUUAAAGCUGAUGAGUGCAACAGGAUUCCUGUGGAGCCUUCAGCAGUUCCCCAAGGACACGAUAAACGAAGAGACUGUGGAGUUACUCCAGCCGUAUUUUAAUAUGGACGAUUACAGUUUCGACAGUGCCAAAAAAGUCUGUGGCAAUGUGGCUGGUCUGCUGUCCUGGACACUUGCUAUGGCCACAUUUUAUGGCAUCAAUAGGGAAGUGUUGCCUCUGAAGGCUAACCUGGCCAAGCAGGAGGGCCGCUUGGCAGUUGCCAAUACUGAGCUGGGGAAGGCACAGGCACUGCUGGACGAGAAGCAAGCCGAGCUGGAUAAAGUACAGGCCAAAUUUGAUGCAGCAAUGAAUGAGAAAAUGGACUUGCUUAAUGAUGCCGACACGUGCCGGAAGAAGAUGCAGGCGGCGUCCACGCUCAUCGAUGGGCUGAGUGGGGAGAAAGUCCGGUGGACCCAGCAAAGUAAAGAGUUCAAAGCUCAGAUUAAUAGACUUGUAGGUGAUGUUCUGCUGUGCACAGGAUUCCUUUCCUACCUUGGUCCUUUCAACCAGAUAUUCAGGAACUAUCUGCUUAAAGAUCAAUGGGAGAUAGAAUUGAGAGCACGGAAAAUUCCUUUCACUGAAAACCUGAACCUUAUUUCAAUGUUGGUGGAUCCUCCAACUAUUGGUGAGUGGGGGCUGCAGGGACUGCCAGGAGAUGAUCUCUCAAUUCAGAAUGGCAUCAUUGUGACAAAGGCCACCAGGUACCCACUGCUCAUAGACCCACAAACUCAAGGCAAGACUUGGAUCAAAUCAAAGGAAAAAGAGAAUGAUUUGCAGGUGACAACUCUGAACCAUAAAUAUUUCCGCACACACUUGGAGGACAGCCUUUCCUUAGGCCGGCCCCUUCUCAUUGAGGACAUUCGUGAAGAGCUGGAUCCAGCCUUGGAUAAUGUAUUAGAAAAGAAUUUCAUCAAGUCAGGUACCACAUUCAAGGUGAAAGUUGGUGAUAAGGAAUGUGAUAUCAUGGAUACAUUUAAACUUUAUAUUACUACAAAGUUACCAAACCCUGCCUUUACCCCUGAGAUUAAUGCCAAAACAUCAGUGAUUGAUUUUACUGAGUUAGAAUCUGAGCGGGUUAAACUUUUGGAGGAUGUUACUUUUAAUAAGCGGAAGAUGAAAGAACUUGAAGAUAACCUGCUCUAUAAAUUAAGUGCUACAAAAGGUUCACUGGUGGAUGACGAGUCUCUCAUUGGUGUCCUGCGAACCACCAAGCAGACAGCAGCUGAAGUAAGUGAAAAGUUGCAUGUAGCUGCAGAAACCGAGAUCAAGAUUAACACGGCUCAGGAGGAGUUCCGGCCCGCGGCCACCCGCGGGAGCAUCCUCUACUUCCUCAUCACAGAGAUGAGCAUGGUCAACAUCAUGUACCAGACCUCACUGGCCCAGUUCUUGAAGUUAUUUGACCAGUCCAUGGCCAGAUCUGAAAAAUCUCCACUGCCUCAAAAGAGAAUUACAAAUAUUAUUGAGUAUCUGACAUAUGAAGUUUUCACAUACUCGGUCAGAGGACUGUAUGAAAACCACAAAUUCCUCUUUGUGCUCCUCAUGACCUUAAAGAUCGACCUUCAGAGAGGAACAGUCAAGCACAGAGAGUUCCAGGCUCUCAUAAAAGGCGGAGCAGCUCUGGACCUGAAGGCCUGCCCUCCCAAACCCUUUCGCUGGAUCCUCGACAUGACUUGGCUGAAUCUUGUGGAGCUGAGUAAACUUCCACAGUUUGCAGAAAUUAUGAACCAGAUAUCUCGUAAUGAGAAGGGGUGGAAGAACUGGAUUGAUAAAGAUGCUCCAGAGGAGGAGAUUAUCCCUGAUGGAUAUAAUGAUUCGCUAGAUACCUGCCGCAAACUUCUACUCAUCAGGUCUUGGUGCCCAGACCGCACUGUUUUUCAAGCAAGAAAGUAUAUUGCAGAUUCUUUGGAGGAGAAGUACACAGAACCGGUUAUCUUAAAUCUGGAGAAAACUUGGGAAGAAAGUGAUACCCGAACACCUCUGAUAUGUUUCCUGUCCAUGGGAUCUGAUCCCACCAUCCAAAUUGAUGCAUUGGCCAAGAAACUGAAACUGGAAUGUAGAACUAUCUCAAUGGGGCAAGGACAAGAAGUACAUGCUCGAAAGCUGAUUCAGAUGUCAAUGCAGCAGGGUGGCUGGGUAUUACUGCAAAAUUGUCACCUCGGCCUGGAAUUCAUGGAAGAAUUACUAGAGACACUAAGUACUACUGAAGCCAGUGAUGAUUCUUUCCGAGUAUGGAUAACCACCGAGCCCCACGAUCGAUUUCCAAUCACGUUGCUUCAGACUUCCCUCAAAUUCACUAAUGAGCCACCCCAAGGUGUACGCGCGGGUUUGAAAAGAACAUUUGCUGGAAUUAAUCAAGACCUUCUGGACGUCAGUAAUUUGCCCAUGUGGAAGCCAAUGCUUUACACAGUAGCGUUUUUACACUCCAUUGUGCAGGAGCGACGAAAAUUUGGUCCCUUAGGAUGGAAUAUUCCCUAUGAAUUCAAUUCUGCCGACUUUUCCGCCAGUGUUCAGUUUAUUCAGAAUCACCUCGAUGAAUGCGAUAUCAAAAAAGGUGUAUCGUGGAGUACAGUCCGGUACAUGAUUGGAGAAGUACAGUAUGGAGGCAGAGUGACAGAUGACUUUGAUAAACGUCUACUUAAUUGCUUUGCUAGAGUCUGGUUCAGUGAGAAGAUGUUUGAACCCUCAUUCAGUUUUUAUACUGGAUAUAAAAUCCCCUCGUGCAAAACCCUGGACCAGUAUUUUGAAUACAUCCAGUCACUGCCAUCCCUGGAUAACCCCGAAGUCUUUGGGCUGCACCCUAAUGCUGAUAUCACGUAUCAGAGUAACACCGCUUCUGCCGUCCUUGACACCAUCACCAACAUCCAACCCAAAGAGAGUGGAGGUGGCGUGGGAGAGACCCGGGAAGCCAUCGUGUACAGGUUAUCUGAAGACAUGCUGGGCAAACUGCCCCCUGACUACAUCCCUCACGAGGUGAAAGCUCGCUUGAUAAAGAUGGGACAUCUUAAUUCAAUGAACAUAUUUCUUAGACAAGAAAUUGACAGAAUGCAAAGAGUCAUCACAAUCCUCCGCAGUAGCCUGAGUGACCUAAAACUGGCCAUUGAAGGGACAAUCAUCAUGAGUGAGAACUUGAGAGAUGCCCUGGACAACAUGUACGAUGCUCGUAUACCUCAGAUCUGGAAAAGAGUGUCCUGGGAUUCGUCUACACUGGGCUUCUGGUUUACUGAACUUUUGGAAAGAAAUGCUCAGUUUUCUACUUGGAUAUUUGAAGGGAGGCCUAAUGUGUUCUGGAUGACUGGUUUCUUUAACCCCCAAGGCUUCCUCACAGCAAUGAGGCAAGAAGUGACCCGUGCCCACAAAGGCUGGGCGCUAGACACGGUGACCAUCCACAACGACGUUCUGAGACAGACCAAGGAGGAGAUCACGUCACCCCCCGCGGAAGGCGUGUACAUCUACGGGCUCUACAUGGACGGGGCGGCCUGGGACCGGCGGAACGGGAAGCUCACCGAGUCCACGCCCAAGGUGCUCUUCACGCAGAUCCCUGUGCUGCACAUCUUCGCCAUCAACUCCACGGCGCCCAAGGACCCCAAGCUGUACGUGUGCCCCGUUUACAAGAAGCCCAGGCGCACCGAUCUGACUUUCAUCACGGUGGUUUAUUUGCGAACAGUGUUGUCCCCAGACCACUGGAUCCUGAGGGGAGUGGCCCUGCUGUGUGACAUCAAAUAG